AUGCACGAUAUGGACGACCUGGGGAUCUUCCGGCCGCCACCCACCGACUACUUUUGCGAGCAUCCUGACCACCGCUGGGAAGCCGAGAAGUUCGAGAUGGACCUUGACGACGUAUUUACGACUCUCCCAAGACGGUUCAACAUGAUGGUCAUCCCUAUCCUUGACCGCGAUGCCUUCCGUCUUGAAACAUCACACAUUGCAUCAAUUACCGAUGACCGCACAGAAUUCUUCGAUAUGCUUAAAGAUCGGCUGGAGGCGAGGCGGAAAGAACUAAUCGACAUGAUGAUGCGAACAUUCGAAGAUCUCGCCUGCAAUCCGAACCAGAUAGAGGCAACCAGACACUGGGGCCAUGCUAUGCAUAUCUACCGUUCCAAGUCGCUCGACGCCUUUGCCCGAUUUUUCGCUGGCUUUCUCCGCGAUUCUACUCCGUCGUCCAACACCGCAGUCUCUGCCAGCAACCUUCACGACGAGUCCUUGACGACCCGAUCCGAGGCAUCGUCAACCUCGAGCUCGAACACCUUCAACGGAGUCAGCUGCCUGUCCACCGAUGUCCCAUCGAAGGCGCUUUCCGGCCCUCCGACAACAAGGGAGAGGCAAACAUCAGGCAUUGCCAACGCAACAACCACUUACCGAAAGCGAAAGAGAUCAUCCACUACACCCGCAGCUGGCAGCCUUGGCGCUGACGAAGAAGAAGACAAAGAUGGGCCCGUGGAGCCAACAGCAACGAUUCCUCUGAACAACGCGACAACGCGUGCACUCCUCAGCCCGCCAAUGUGGGAAGAGGGCGGCGGCGUCAGUCCUGUUUGGCAUCUCCGGACACAAACAAAAGGGAGGGGGACAUGGAAGCAGGGCACAGAAUCGUGCACAAUGCCACCGACACCGAUCCUCGACAAGGCGGAGGACAGCAUGACCCUCCCGCCAAACGACGCCAGGCCCAUGCGCAUACUUGCAAUGCAAAGAAACCUGCGUCACGCUACAUCCCGGAUCCACGGGCCUUCUAUGAGCUUGACCAUAAGGGCAAGGCGCGUCUGGUGA